CACCAUGCGGCAUUCUGUAACUUGUAAGAGUAACGAGUAACUGUUGACUGUUGUCAUGUCUUCUACUACCACGAUUUAAGAUAUCUUAAGCCGUGUUUACUCAUAUUGUUUAUUCUUCUACUCAGUCUACUCCUAUUUAGAAAUGUAUUUACAUCCGAUGUGUUAAUGGCCUUUUCUUUUAAUUAAUUAUCUAUGUGAUUUUUAACAAUAGAAUUCAGUUCCAUUUUUAAGAUGGGGAAAGUUCACCAAAGCCGAAUAAUCAAUGAAACCAAAAACAAAUUAGCAGCUAAAAUAUCAGAAGCAGCAAAUGUAUUGUUACCUGAAAAUUCUGGUUAUAUCAUUGCUGAACCUGGAGAGAAAACAACAAAAAUUACUCAAACACAGCUAUCAAAUUCUGUCGAUGUGACUAGUGCUAAAAAACAUUUCGAUUUACAACUUGAUUUUGGUCCGUACGAUAUUGACUACUCAUUAAAUGGUCGGCAGUUAUUAAUUGGAGGACGAAAAGGCCAUGUUGCUGCUAUGGAUUGGAUUACAAAACAUUUGAUGUGUGAAAUAAAUGUUAUGGAAGAAGUUUAUGAUGUCAAAUGGCUUCACAAUGAAAAUCUUUUUUCGGUUGCACAAAAAAAAUGGGUUUAUAUAUAUGACAAUCAAGGUGUAGAAGUACAUUGCUUGAAGAAUUUAAACAAUGUUCUACACCAGGAAUUUCUUCCAUAUCAUUUUCUUUUAAGUACUGCUAGUGAAGAAGGAUUUUUAUCCUGGUUAGAUGUAUCAAUGGGAAAAAUAAUAACACAAUUUAAUGCGAAAAUGGGUCGAUUGAGUCUCAUGACUCAAAAUCCAAAUAAUGCAUUGAUCUGUUUAGGACAUACAAAAGGUGUUGUUUCAAUGUGGAGUCCUAAUCUUCGGGAACCUGUCGCUAAAAUACUUUGUCAUGGAAACAUGAUUACAUCACUUGCUAUAAAUUCUAACGGAAUGUAUAUGGCCACAUCUGGAAUGGAUAGGAGUAUUAAAGUUUGGGAUAUACGCAGAUUAAAAGGACCAUUACAAGAUUACAAAGUUAGGACUAGUCCAAGAAGUAUGGUAUUCAGUCAAACUGGAUGUUUAGCAGUAGCUAUCAAUAAUGUUGUUGAUGUAUAUGAAGAAUGUUGUUCUAAGACUAUACAGCACGCUUAUCUCAGACAUAAUAUCGCUAGAACAAUAAAUAAUUUAGCUUUUUGUCCAUUUGAAGAUGUCCUUGGAGUCGGACAUGAUAAUGGUUUUUCAAGCUUAUUAGUACCAGGAUCUGGUGAACCUAAUUUUGAUGCAUUGGAGAGGAAUCCAUUCCAAACAAAGAAGCAGCGUAAAGAAGCUGAAGUGAAAAUGCUUUUAGAAAAGAUCCCAGCUGAAAUGAUAACAUUAGAAUCUACUGUAGAUGAAGUUGACAUAGAUACGUUCCAGACUAAACUAACAGCUAGAAAUUUACUACAAACUGUAAAACCAUUAAAAGUAAAUAUCAAAGUAAGGAAUAAAAUCAAGAAAAAAACCCUAGCUAACCCUUCAAAAAUAAAAGAAAAAAUAUUAGAAGAAAAAACAAAGGAAUUCGUCAGAGCACUAAAUGCACGGCCUAAAGAUGAGAUAGAUGAUGGAAAAUCAACAUUAUCAAAACGUUUUGGUGUAUUGGAUAGAUUUCAAAACAAAAGAAAUAAGAAGAAAUAAUUAUUGUUUUAACUAUUCUUAUUUUUAAAUUUUGCAAUCAUUUGUUAAUUUUUUUUUUUCAUUUUUACAAAAAAAUAUAGGUUAUGCUUUUGUAUUUUUUAAGAGCAUUCUAGUAUUUAACUCAUUGCAAAUAAGAUGUAAUUGCUUAUAAAGAACAAUAAAAAAAUUCAUUUAUCAA